CCCGGGAAGGACCAGCCCCCUGCCUCCGGCCCUUGUCCUCGGGAGGGGACACCCCAGCAUCUCUACCUUCACACGAGGGGUGUCCCCCCGGGAACCUUGCCACCAGGAGAGCGGGAACGGAGGCGGGGUGGGGUCCUCUGCUUGCCCACAGGACGAGUGCUUUGAAAGGGGCCUCGCGUCCCCACAAGAGGAAUGGGGGAUGGGGUCUGCUUCCCCCCAAAGGAUAAGCAGACUCCCCCUGGGGUUGGAUCUCCGUUUCCCUCAAGGGCAGCUCCUAAAGGAGAGUAUCUCUAAGAGGGCACGGGGAGAGGGCUCUCUGCUUCCCCGAGGGAGCCCGUGGGACUCUCCCUUUCCUCACAGAGGGAACAGAGGCUGUGCUUCUAAGGGGGGCCCCUGGGAAAAGGGGGUCUGUUUUUCCAAAAGGGAAAUAUGAGUCUCUCCCUCCCGGUCUCUGCUUUCAUAGAAGGGGAAUCCCUCGAGUGCGUCUGCUUCCCCACAAAGGGAUUCCCUGAGGAGGCUUCUGCUUUUACACAGGGAGACUCUCCUUCAGAUUGCUUCCUCAUGUCUAUUUGCCACAUAGAGAAGGAAGGGCUGAGUGUCUCUUCUCUCUCAUACCAAGGGGGAACCAUGUUCCCAGAGCCUCUGCUUCCAGAAAAGGAAGCUUCCUGGCAAGAAGGAAUCUCUUCCCUUCCACUCCUCUGAACCCAUCCAAACUGACCUUAGCAAAAAGUACCUUUCCCCCUCCUUGCCCCAGACUGGCUUUCCUUUUGAAAGCUGCUGCUCCCAGCACUUCAGAGGGUCCCUCUCUGAAGGGGGAGAAAGUCCUUCUCUCUCCAGUGGUUCUAAGGGGAGCCACUAGUGACUACCUCACCUGGCAGUUAAGGAAAAAGAAUGGUGCCCAACUCAUGUGCAGUUGACAGUCCUUCGGGCUCAGAAUCUACAGGCCAAAGGACGCUCUGGGUUCAGCAAUGCCUUUGUGAUCAUCCGGCUCCAGAAACAGAAAUAUAUGACCUCAGUGGUGCGUCACAACCUGAGCCCUGAGUGGAAAGAGGAUUGCAUUCUUCAGUUGCCUAGUAAACUGGAUUUGGGGGAGGAUCCUAACCUCAUCUUAACAGUCAAGCAUCAUUCACAGUGGUUUGCAGACCAGUUCCUGGGCCAGAUAGCCAUUUCUCUGAAGCAGCUUUUCCAAGACAAAACCAAGAGGAACAAUGAGUGGUUCAUCUUGCAGUCCAAAAACAGGAAGACCAACAAGUACCUUGGGCGUCUACAACUCAGUAUUCAGUUCAUGGAGAUUUCAGGCCAGGACAGGGAACCAGUUUUUCCAAAAAACAGUGGAUCAUGGUCAUCCUUUGGCAAACUCCACAGCAGAUUAAUGAAUAAGAGAAGCAAGAUUUAUAAAGCAAAUUCCUUUCCUAUGUCCAGUAUUGGUGACUAUAGCUAUGUUAAUGAAUCAGAGAAGGCAUCAAUUAUUGCUCCCAGUUCUUCAGGACAUACAUUUUCAGCUAGAGCAUCACCUGUUAUGCUGGCCCUGGAAACAGAUGUCAACACACAAGACACUACUCAAGGCUUGGGGUUCAGACUUCAUUCCUGCCAAGAGAUAUUCCAGGAUUUAAAUCAAUGUGCAGAUGGUAUUAGUUCGAUACCAAAGCAUUCAAGUAGCUAUCCAACCAUGUCACCUUCCUUACUCCGGCUGCCACACCAAGAGCCUCCGGACCUGGCCAGCAAAGCACUUACUCCAUUCAGCAAAAAGAAAUCGAGCCUCCCGAAGGAAAGGGACUGUGAAGAUUUUUGGGAGAUCUUUUCAGAGAACUUAGACUGUACAUCCCAGAAUAGUCUACAUACUAGCAAGACAUACUGUUCAUCUUCUCCUUCCUUCUCCCCAGAGCAGGAGGUUCCUAAAGAGCCUGUUUCAAAGAAGCAGCAGAAUUCAUCAAAGGGUUUCCAUUGCUAUGGUUCAUGUCUUAGCUGUUUAGGUUUAUCCCCCUGAUGCAUGACUAUUCCUGCUGUAACAGUCUUUUUACUUACCGGCUUAUGUUUAAAAAAAAAAAAAGAAAAGAAAAACCUUGACCCAUAUAUACAUGCUAAACAUGUUUUUAAAAUGCACCAUAUUUCAUGUAGAAAAAAAUCUUUGUUCCUUCCAUCAUCUUCCUAUUGCUAUUCCUAGUUGGUACAGGCUUAGUUCUAUACAGAUUCUGGGGUCCUGACUUGUAACCAUAUUAGAAAUCUACUAAAAAGAGUAUUUACCUUCAGUCAGGGAACUCCUUUGACUCCCCUCUGUAAGGGAUUUCCCUAAAACUCAUUUAAUUCUGUAAUUCAUUUACUAAACAGUUAUAGGGUGCAGAACAAAAAUGCUGGUCAGUGAAAGGUAAGACAAAUGUUUGAUCUGGUAUUCUGAAACCAAGCAGGGGAAAUAAGUAGGGAAUAGUUAUGCACACAUAGCUCCUCUGACUUUGAUAGGGAUAUAUAUGUCCAUAUAUAUAUAUAGCCUGCAUGCAUAUGGAUAUAGAGCAUGUUGUCAGACAGUGGUCCUCAAUAGUACUGUUCACAACUUGUAGUUUAAUAAAAAGGAGGACCUGCUCUGAGUGACUGUAGUACCUUUGUGACCUUGGGUACAUUACUUGUCCUCAUCUUUUAAAAAGGGCAUUGAUUUAAAUAACAUCUAGUAUUCCUUCCAGCCCUAAAUCAGUGAUUUUGUGACUUAAUCUGGAUUUUCAUAGUGUGUCAUUUCAUGUGGACACUUUACAACAAGGCUAUUUUUACUUCUCUUCUGAAACUUUGACAGCAAAUUUUUUUGGCCUAUUGGACCAAGGAUCAUUUUAGAGUCUCUGUAGCCUUAAAAAUUCCAUAAUGAGCCAGAUCACUUCCAGUAGCCAGCAUAGGAAAGACACUACAUAGUAUUUGUGAGCCACAGUGUAAUGUUCUGAUUUACAUUUAGCCCAGAAACAUCCAUCUCCUGUAACCUAGACCAGAGGUGUUGAACACACUGCUCCAUGUGGCGUAUAGCACCCCAGAGUCUAAAGAUAAACUGGUAAAUUUAACAAAAUAAAAAUACAAUAUAACAUCAAUAAUUUACAUUUUAAAACUUAAGUCCUUAUGCACCAGCAAGAAUCUUAAUGUACAGAUUAGUGGCCUCUUUUCUGUUUGAGUGCUUAGACAACUUUUCUAGGCCAAAUCUACAGAGAAUAUAUCAAGGUUAUAAACAAAUAUUAGUCACUGAAUUCAGGUCCUUUGUCCCAUUCUAUUCACAACAGGUUGUAGAAAUGGUGCAAUGACAUGAAGUCUACAAGGUUGAAUCGAGAGUCCUACCAAUCCUCAUUUAUGUCCAAAUUGAUGAAAUCAGUGGUACGUAACAUUAUAAUGGUACAAAAUUUCAUGGGAAAUGACCUAUACUUUAGCAAGAAGAACGGUAUCCUAGAUCCUCUCAAGACAAGGGAACAAAAAAUAUCUGGAUGUAACCAAUAGCUUUUCCCCCAAUUCCCAUCAUUAAUUGACAUAUUCCUAUGAAAAUAGAUAUAUCAAUACUUGGGAAUAUGAAAGUAUGUGUUAAUACUUGGACAGCAGCAGGAAGAGAGGUAGGUGUGAUGAGAUAACAGAAAUUUUUAUGUAUUUUUGGAGUGAGCUCCCAAAUGUGGCAACUAAACUAGAAGAGUCCAACUUAGAAAUAAGUUGGUUCACUUUGCUUUCCAGAUCCUGUCUCCUGAUCUUACUGGUAGGAGAGGCGAGAAGUAAACAAAUUAUCCCCUCAACUCUUACCUUAAAUUUUAUAUAUCACCCUACAAUCUUCAGAAAACAAACACAAAAAGUUUUUGGGAUGUGCCUAUCAGAAGCUAAUAAGGUCACUGUUCUGGGAUUCUUUGGGGAUAAGCUUAAAGAUUGAUAGAGAUCAGUGCAGUGCAAAGGGGAUUAAGAUUUAUUCUUGGUCUCAAAGGGCAGAAUUAGGAAUAAUGAAUUUACAAUCCAUAAAGUGCAGACCCUUUUGUUUUAGAAAUAGAAGUAAACUUAUCCAAGGUGAUGUGAGUGAUAAGUAGUAGAUUCUAGCUUUAAACCGAGUUCCUCUAAAUCAAUUGUUUAUACUCUGCCACAUUGCAUUCAGAAUAGCUAUUUCCUUCUGCAUUUUGUCUACUCCACAAGAAUGAGCUACCAGGCAGUACUUCUUUAAUAUGAUCAAAAGCAUAUCUUUGAAAGUAAGACCUAGUUUUUACAACAGAGAAACACUUAAAAGCUUUCCCAGUACAAAUGUGCAAAAUAAGGAUGUUCCCCCUCCCUAGUGAUUUGAUUUGAUUCUAGAAAUGCUAGCUGUAACAGAAAUGCAAGAGAAACAGAAUUGAAGGUAUAAGUAAUAGCAAAAAGGAUACGUAACAGAAGAGAAAAAUCAGAAUUGGUAAAGUAAGACUAUUAACUUUGAGUUAAGUAGCAAAAUACAAAAUAAAUCCACAAAAAUCAUCAGUACCACUCUAUAUGGUACUAAUAAAACCCAAAAAAUUCAAAAUUACAGAAUGCAUAAAAUAGGAGUUAAUUUAUUAACCCAAGACACAAAUAUAGCUAAAAGCACUUUACAGAAGGGAAGAUAAAUAAUUGAAGAGAUAAUCUGCUCGUGGUUGGACUGUGGUAACAUAAUAAAAACGAUACCACCUUAUUCAAUUUAUUGAUUUAGUGGUAUACUAAUGAAAUUACCAAAGAGAAACUAUCGAUUUAGACAAAAUAAUUAAUUUGGAAUAUAAAAGAAAUAGAGAAAAGUAAUAAGGGAACAUAGUAUUAGUUGCAUUUUUGGUCUCUAAACAAUUAUUAAAAACAAUUUAGUACUGGUGAAAAAAACAGAAAAAUCCAUUAAAGGAACAAAUCAGAAAAUCAAGAAAAAGGAGUAAUUGAACAUGGUAUUCCAAUAGUAGAUGCACUUGGGAAUAUAGAUUGCUUAGUGAAGGACUCCUUUUCAAAGGGAACAGCUGAAAGAACUGGAAAGCAGUUUGGCAGAAAUUAGAUUUAGACCAUUACAACAUAGGCUCAAAAUUGAUAUAUAACCUAAAUAUAAAAGAAACUUAACAUAAAAAAAUUAGAAGAGAAUGGAAGGAAGUAUCUUUUACUUUUUAUGACUAUUGGAAAAACUCAGGUUUUUUUUUUUAAUUUUAUUGCUAUCUUAUUUUUCACCUCCAUUUAAAAAUAUGUCUUCUAUCCUUUUCCCUUACUUGGAGAGUUAUUCUCUAUAACAACAAACAGAAGGGGAAAAAAGCAGUUAAAACUAAAUACAAUAUGUCCUAUGUUGCAUGCAAUGUAGCAUAUCUAUAAUUCCUACCUCUGCAGAUGAGGGGAGGGAAUUUUUUUUCAUCUUUUCUUCUGGGCCUAAUUUUGUCUUUAUGGUUGUUUUUUUGUUGUUGUUCUUUCCAUUUAAAUCAUUUGUCAUAUUUUUUAGUUCUGCUUACGUGGCCUCACUUCACAUAAGUCUUCCCGUGCUUCUUUGAAUCUGUAAUAUUUUAAAAUAUAUUUUUAAAAAUUUCUUUCUAUUCUGAACUUAACCAAACACUAAAUAAAAUGCGUAUUUAUGUAUACAUAGUAGAACAGAAAAAGAGGGUUGAACAUGAAAUUGCAGAUCUCUGUUAUUGAAACUUUCUUUUCAAGGAUAUAAGUUUGAAGUUGUAGUUUUCAAAGCUUUCCUGCUUGUCUGUCUGUUUCAGACCUUUUCUCCAUUUAAAAAAUUCUCAACCCUCUAUCCAUUUUUUUUUUUUUGGCUAUUCAUAUUUUCCCUUACCUUCCUCCAAUUUACCUGGAGGGAUACUGGUAGGGGAGGGAAAGGUUUUGUUAUAAAUAAGCAUAGUUUAAGAGAACAAAUCCACAAGUUAAUCUAAGACAUAUGACUUAUCAAUCUUCUGGUAUCAUAGUUGUUUAUAAAUCUGAAUUCUCAAGUCUUCUUUAUAAUGGUUUUUUAAAAUAUUCUCUUUGUUGCACUCUUUCCAUCACAUUACAGAUUUUCCCUGGUUUCUCUGAAUGCAAUAAUAUUCCAUUCCAUUCAUAGAUCAUUUUUUAAUCCAUUCCCCAACAAACCAACAUCCAUUUAGUUCCCAGUAUUUUUGCUACCAUAAAAGAACUGCCAUAAUCAUUUUUUGUAUGUAUAUAUAUAUAUAUAUGUAUAUAUACAUAUAUAUGCAUAUAUAUGUGGUAUGUGUAUGUUUCCUUUUUCUCUUGAUCUAUUUGGAAAACAGGCCUAGUAAUGGUAUAACUGGAUUCAAUGAUGAAUUACUGAGCUUAUUUUCCCAAAGCCCCUCCAACUCGUUUGUUUUUUUUCCCCCAUCAAUUUUGCCAAUAAGAUAGGUGAGAUAAAACCUUAGAGGAGUUUUUAUUUGCAGUUACCUAAUUUUGGUGAACAUAAUUUUUAUGGCAUAAUAAUCCAUUGCAAUCAAGUACCACCAUUUGUUUAGUCAUCUCCCAAAUGGCAGGCGUCUACAUCAUUUCCAGUUCUUUGCUAAUAUUUUGAUUAAUAUUAAUUUUAUUUUCGUCUUUGACCUUAUAAUUUUAGCAGUAAGAUCCUUGAGUCAAAAGAUAUGGACAUGUUAGUAAUUUUCUUGGCAAAAUUCCAAACUGCUUUCCAGAAUAAUUUAACCAAUUCACGGUUCCAUGAAAAUUAUAACAAUAUGCCUCUCUUCAGUCACUCCACCAUUACCUAUUACCAUUUUUGUCAGUUUCCUGGAUAUGAAAUGACAUUUCAGAGUCAUUCUGAUUUGCAUUUGUGUUAUUAGUGAUUUGGGACAAUCACUAGUGUCUUUAACUGUUUGUAAUUCUUUUAAAAACAGUUCAUAUAUCCUUUUUAUCACAUUAGCUGGGGAAUAGUUUUUGACCUUAUAUAAUUAGUUAUUUAUAUGUUAUGGUUACCAGAUAAUUAUCAGAAAUAUUUGAUUUAAUUUUUUUUCCUUAUCAACAGCUUUCUUAUCACAGUUGCAUUAUUUUUGCUAAUAGAAAAGCUUUCAAUUCCAUGUAAUAGAAAUUAUAUUUUAUCUUUUGUAAUCACAUCUAUUUUUGGUUAAGAAUACAGGAGAAGAGUUUUUAUUAAACAAGGAAUAGAAGAAAGUAUGAAAAACAAAACACACCAUU